AACGAUUGCACGCAGGCCUUAUCUCUGGGUGUCGGUUUACUCGGGCCAAUUUGGAAUGGUGGAUUUGCAGCGAAGGGCAUGACUUCGACUCGCGGUCGCUGCCACACCUUUGAUUCUCGCGCCGACGGAUACGCUCGCGGAGAAGGCUGCUCACUGCUACUCUUGCAUACUGAGGCCGACACGGUGUCUUGUCUUCUUUCCGCGGCAGUCUAA